AUGGAUGCCUCAAACAGCACGCCAGACCAGGAAAAUGAUGGAAAACAGCAGCCCAGUGCAUUGCCAAUCGUUUGUGAAAAAGACAAUUCACAGGAACUAUCUGAUCAUUCUCCUCCAUCGUUCGCCUUUCCCACGGCUCGACUUGUCGGACUCUAUCGACGCCUACGGGAGUCAUGCGUGUCCAAGCACAUCGAUGGCCAGAAGCUAGAGCAGAGCAAUCAAAUACUGAACGAGGCUGGCACACACCUGCUUAAAGAGAGGGACGGUCUUCAGCUUCGCCACGACAAGCAGCUGUCUCGGCUGCGCUUCUUCGAGCAGGCACUGGAAUCAUCUCGGGGUCGACUGACUAGGCUUCUUGACGUUGUUGAUUCAGUUUCAAGCGCUUCUCGUUGCUACGUUUAG